AUGAGCAAGUUCAGCAUCUGCCUCCUCCUCGUCGUCCUGGCCAUCGCCGCCACUCACGCCGAUGGCGAUCGUCGUCCAUGUGCGGGUCGCUGUGGAAUCGUGGGCCCCGCCGGCAAGAGCGUGUGCAUCCGCAACAAGGCCACCAAUGUGUGCACCCGCCUGCCGGCCUGUCGUCUGCGGGAGAAGAACUGCCGCCGCCGGGACAAUGGACUGGAGCCCAUCCGUGAGACGUGCAUCACCCGCUGCCGCAACAUUCCCGGCACCAGCGGCGUCGGCCAGUGCGCCACCCGGCUGCGUCCACGUCCCCAGUCGGAUGGCAAGCGCAUCAGGGAGUGCCAGAGGAGGGUGUGCCUGGACGACAAGCUGGCCGGCUGCUGGAGGGACCAGCAGGGCGCCUGCAUCCUGCAGACCCGCUGCGAGGCCCAGCGGAGGAACUGCGUCCGCAACCCGCUCAACCAGUGGGUGAGGGCCAGCGAGUGGAGCUGCCAGGGCAACGUUGUGGGCGGUGGCAUCCGUCGCUGCCGCACCAGGCCCAUCAUCAUCAAGGACUAA